AUGGAUUUAUAUCAGCUCAGAAGAGAACAGGCUGAUGUUACCCAAGCUACCAAGAUACAAAGACCUCACUCGGUUGAUAUCUACGCAUUUGGUAUUUUGUGUUUGGAGAUUCUCUGCGAUCUCAGUGAGCACAAGAUAACCCAAGAGUCGCCAGUAACCACACUAGACGAUGUAAAGCAAGCCAUAGCUAGUCUUGAGCCACACCAGCAAGACUUGAUAAACCUGUGUAUGGAAUAUGAUGGCAGUAAGAGACCUGACGCUGCCUACCUUCUCAAACUUAAUAUCUUACACGAGAUACCAGAUUUGCGGAUAAUGUGUGUGAACAUGUUGCUACACGCUGAUGAUGUAAACUACAGAGAUGUGGAAGAGAGUGCUGGUCGUCAACAACACUUUUCAGUCGACAACAAACCUUGCUCGGCAUUCACUCCUCAACAUCUAGAUAUUGAGAAAAUAGAGCGAGAGAUAAAGUAA